AUGCAGAUAUACCAUAUUCCUUGGAUAUACACACCGCUGCGGACUGUCCUGGCAGUUUGGCACCAGCUGACCAAGACUGAGAUCCCAGAGCUGGCUAAGUGCUCGGUGCUGAUGAGGGAGCGCAGCAAAGUGGAAGAGACAAUUUACGCCAUGCAGCGAGCAGGUGCAGGCACCCUGCAGGUAAUCUCAGACUUUGAUAUGACACUGACCAGAUUUGCCCACAACGGAAAAAGAGUUCCCACCACACACAACAUCCUGGAUAACCGGUUGUUGAUCGAUGAAGAUUGCACUAAAAAGAUGAGGGAGCUUUUGAACACCUACUAUCCUAUAGAGAUCGAUGCAAGCAAGACUGCCGAAGAAAAGCUGCCUCUCAUGGUGGAGUGGUGGACUAAAGUCCACGAGCUGCUGAUUCAGCAGAGGAUCAGGAAGGACAUGCUGGCCCAGGCUGUUAAGGAAUCCAGCGCUAUGCUCAGGGAUGGCUAUAAGGUGUUUUUUGACCGUCUGACGGAGCAGCAGGUCCCUCUGUUGAUCUUCUCAGCUGGUGUUGGAGACGUCCUAGAGGAGGUGAUUCGACAGAACCAUGUCUUUCAUCCCAAUGUCCACAUCAUCUCCAAUUACAUGGACUUUGACCAAACUGGGGUCCUGCAAGCCUUUAAAGGCCAACUGAUCCAUACCUUCAACAAGAGGGAAGGUGCUCUGUCACAUGCAGCUGGCCUCAGGGAGCUGCAGGGUCGACCCAAUGUCCUGCUGCUGGGAGACUCCUUAGGAGACCUAACCAUGGCCGAUGGCGUGUCUGAGCACCAGAACCUCCUCACCAUCGGCUUCCUCAACGACCAGGUGGAAGAGAGAAAAGAGUCUUAUGUCAACUCAUUCGACAUUGUGCUGGUUAAGGACGAGACGAUGGAUGUUCCCAACGCCAUCCUCAGAUACAUUACCUCAUCAAAAGACAGCAAGUAAGACACACAAGGAGGAACUUUCUGACAACAAGCAGACUUUUUCACUCCACUUCACCAUGUUGCAUGCUGGACAAUCACACAUCACCUAUUACCUCAAACCAGAAGUUAAAUCUGGAGAUUUUAUCUCUUAAUUAUUGCACUCAAAGCCAUCCAAAAAGAUCUACACUGGGUCAUGCAUUUGCAACUUGGUUUCAAAGAAUCUGUGAUGUCAGUAUUGCAAUGUCAGCACAGGGCAAUUUAGGGCUGGGCUUUGAGUAAAGCCCUUUAUUUCUACUGUUUUAAUUUGUUCCAGGGAAUUCUUACAAUGUCUUGAUAGAAAAUUUCACACCAGAAUAGCAAUGCGCCACCUCAACAGAACUCAGUGCAAGUAGAAGUUAUAUUUAUAGAACAUAUACAGGACCAGCAGGCCUAACUCUAAAAACAAAUCAACAACCUCUUGAAAAUGUUUGUAUAAAAAAUUAAAGAGUUCAUUUUUACAUUUCAAUCCUUUUAACUCCUUCUCAGCACAAGAAGUUAUAUUUUUUUUACCUGUUUCAGGGAUAAAUAUCUUUUACAAGCAAAAACGUGAUUUGUAAAGGUCUCUUUAUCUUCCACUAUUCAAAUUCAUAGUGUUGCUGUUCUGGUGUGUCAUGUGUACUGUAUAUAACCUUUGUUAACACUGCAAGUACCUCAAGCUCAAGUCUACAUGAAACGUCAUCCAACUUAACAGUGAUGUUACCAGUUUUUAAGCUAUUGUUGUAGUAAUUAAAUGACUUGCUCUCACCUUUUUAUUUUUGAAGAGAAACAUGUUAAUGCCAGCAUGAAACACAAUGCUACAGUAUAGCAAUAAUCCCAAUCUGGGAGUGUGGGUCUGGAUUUUCUCUGAUUUUAGCUGUAAAGUCCUGGGGAAAAAAAACAGUUAUCUUUAUUUUGUGAACAUUUUAAUUAGUGUGACUCCCAUGGACAAACAAAGGUGCUUGUUCAGUUUUCUGAAAUACAAUCAUCAAACACAUACAUCAUGAAACUUCAAAAAAAGAACCUUUGCACAAUUUCCUUGUCAUUUAAAAGGACUAUCCAAUGUUG